AUACUUUCUCAUUACUCCAGUCCAGGCUAGCUCGUUUCAAGGCUCUGGGGCUAUACAGUGCUCUGUUUUCCAUGUGACUGUUUUUUGGUGAAUUGGACGAUAAAUCACACAGUUUUGCUCACGUUGACCAGGCCUGACCAUGUCUACAGAGAAGAAGCCCAAGAAGAAGAAGUCUGAGUCUGUGCCUACUGAGUCCAAUGGGACUGAAGCCAAACCCAAGAAGACAAAGAGCAAGAAGAAUGGAGAGCUCUCUGCAGAGAGUCCAGCCAUCCAGAAUGGAGAGAAAGUAAAGAAAAAGAAGCCAGAGAAAGACAAGGAGAAGGGUAAAGAAGAUACUAAAGAAAAGACAGAACCAAAAAAGAAACCAAAGAGUGCACCAAAGAAGAAAAAAACAGGUGUAUCCGAUGAUGAUGAUGAUGAUGACAGUGAUGAAGAGGAAGAGGACACUCCUCAGAAGAAGACCAAGAAAAAGACUUCAAAGGACACUGAGAAGAACUCUAAGGACAAGGAGAAGAAGUCUAAAUCAAAAGAGGACAAAGAUUCAGACAAAGGAAAAUCAAAAAGCAAGAAGAAGGAGCCAGCUUCCAUGUUUCAGAUAAACGGGGACAAGUCGGAAAGCAAGAGCAAGAAAAAAGCUGCCAAGUCUGAGAGCAGCGACGAGAGUGAGCCCGAGACCAAGUCCAGUAAGACAAAAAAGAAGUCCAGCUCUAACUCCAACCCAGCGUCCAUGUUCCAGACGGGAGGGGACAAGGACAAAGACAAAGCCAAGGACAAAGCCAAGGACAAAGACAAGGACAAAGACAAGGACAAGAAGAGCAAAAAGAAAGCCAAAGCAGAGGAAAGUGACGAGGAGUCGGACUCAGACAAGAAGAAGAAGAAAGGCAAAGGAAAGAAAGGAAAGAAGGAGGAAAGAGCACCGUCUCCCAUCAUCGAGUUUGACAACCUGGAGGAGUUUGUACUGCAGCCAGCACAGCAAGGUGUGACGGUAAAGUGCCGCGUGACACGCGACAAACGAGGCAUGGACCGCGGCUUCUACCCUACCUAUUACCUCCACCUGGACAGUGAGAAGAAGCAGGACUUUUUACUAGCAGGAAGGAAAAGAAAGAAAAGCACCACGUCCAACUACUUGAUCUCCGUCGACGCCACUGACCUCUCCCGCGGAGGGGAAAACUUUGUUGGCAAACUACGAUCCAACACCAUGGGAACCAAAUACACCGUGUUUGAUAACGCCUUGCAUCCGGACAGAGCGCUACCAGACAUGUCCAAUGCUCGGCAGGAGCUGGCUGGCAUUAUUUAUGAGACAAACGUGCUGGGGAUGAAGGGACCCAGACGGAUGACCGUCCUCAUCCCCGGGAUGGACAAAGAUGGGGAACGAGUGCCCGUUAGACCUCGCCAUGACAACGACGGCCUUCUGAUCCGACACCAGAACCGGAACGUGGAUAACCUGAUUGAACUCCACAACAAGACGCCAGUCUGGAAUGAGGAGACGGCUUCUCACGUUCUCAACUUUAACGGCCGUGUCACUCAGGCCUCCAUCAAGAACUUCCAGAUCGUCCACAAUAAAGACCUGGACUACAUUGUGAUGCAGUUUGGGAGGGUGGCGGACGAUGCCUUCACGCUGGACUAUAACUAUCCACUCUGUGCAGUACAGGCCUUUGCCAUCGCGCUCUCCAGCUUUGACGGUAAAAUAGGCUGUGAGUGAACGGGGUGCCCACACAGUCUCCAGUCCCGUGCACUCACAUAGCUAACCACGAACUCACUCAGCAGUAGAAGAACCCUUCGAAACUCUGUCUGCAUCAAGAUCCACCUAAUGAAUGAGACGAGCCACUGGUGGCCCCUAGUGGACAUGAGUGGACAUGCUCAUUCCUUUCCCCCCCACGUGGAGGGAAGGGGAAGAAAUGCAGGACUGCUGCUGGUUAUGUCAACCAGUAAAUGCACCGUUGGACUGCUAAGGGAAAUUGCAGUGGCAUAGAAUUGCGUGAAUGCUGGACUGAGUUGCCUAUGCUGAUGUCAGCUGGAGUUUUUGCAGUCUUUCAUCAUUUCUAUGCACCUACCUGAGAUGAUAUUUGGUUUAUUCUGACAAAUCUAACUUCUUUCAGUAAACCAUUUAUGACACUGCAAAGACACUGAGAUGUAUUUCUUCUAUGUGUAGUGCAUGGAUAUCUCACUGCAUUAUGGUUCAUUAUUGUAAGGUCACUAUCAGUUGAUCUGUUUUAUGAGAAGCAUGUGUCUUUAUUUUCACAAUUCGAUUGUUUGAAAUUCGAGUGUUUGAAAAUGUAUUCCUUUGGUUAGAAGGUGUGUGUGUGUGUGUGUGUGUGUGUGUGUGUGUGUGUGUGUGUGUGUGUGUGUGUGUGUGUGUGUGUGUGCGCGUGCGCCUGUGUGUGUUCAUGCAUGCAUGUGUGUCUGUGUAUAAUCUGUGCAAAGUGGACUAAUUGUUAGUUGACUAAUGAAUACCCAUUUCCCUGGUUGUUAAGGCCUACACUCUGCCAUGUAACAGAAGGCACUGUUUGUCUGUGUGUGAACACAACUGGGGGCAGAUGUUUCCUUACUCUUCUCUGUCUUGUCAUCCAGUGAACAGCUGAUUGAGAACUGAGUAGAGUAGUGUUGUAAUGACCAAGUGUUUGAUUUUGUCCUGUCACUGGCCUUUUGUAUGAGCAUAUGUUACAUUUGGAUUCUUUUGUCAUGACUUUGCAAGAUGCAGAUAUGUGAGUGCUAUUACUGACCGUUACCCUUUGAUCUCAGCUUGACAGUGUAGUAAGUAAACCCAUAUUCUUGAGGUCAGAUUUGUCACAUUGCAUGUGGUAGGAAAAUGUAAAUGGUAAAUAGUAAUUACUGUAGGAAAGGUAGUAGGAUUCAACAUGAGCAUUCCAAAAUGCAUUCAAAACAUUUGCAAAAUAAAAAUGCAAAUAUAUUGGUGCUAA